AUGACACGCACAGACCCGCCUGACAUACUAGUAUCAACUGUGCAUCAAGAUAUAAACGUGUUCACCAUUUCUUCUCACGCCAAGUCCUUGCAACCUUUCAAAUCAUGUGAGUCUGUGACUAGCGCCACACUGGAGGACAAUCAGAGCAAAGUCAAGAAGAGGCACAACCAUACUUUUGACUGUUACCUUAGCAAGUCUGAAGGGCGAUCUGCCAGCUGGGACAUUCUGGACUCUCGAAGCACUGAGGUCCCCGAAAGCUGUCAACAUGACACCUUCAUAAAUUCGGUCAAAGAGAAGACACAUGAUAAUGUCUCUCUUCAACAAAGUCUUGAGCAACUUGAUGAGUUACUUGCAGAUCUUGUGACUGACUACAAGCCACCUAGUAGACGGGCAAGUGAGGAUAUUUUGGAUCAACUGAAAAAACUAAUUGACGAAGAAGAGGCAGCGUCUCUGUCCAGAAAGAGCUCAAAGGUUGGGUCAGAGGAACCAGUUCCACUUGACAAUGCAGAGGAUUGCUCACCAGACCAAAGCCCAGAUGAGGAUGACACAAUGAUGUGUUCAAACAACAAAUGCAGGCGGACAGAGACCUUGUUUAAUGCUUGCCUGUACUUUAAGUCUUGCCACAGCUGCUACACCUACUAUUGCUCUCGUAACUGCCGCAGGGAAGACUGGGAUAUUCACAAAGAGAGCUGCCUGUAUGGAAGAAUUGGUAGCAUAUGCCGUCACAUAAUCAAGCAUAGCCGAGAGACUGUUGAGAUCCACAAAGCCUUCUCACGUGUCGCCAAAGUGGGCUUUCUCUCCCGGGGUAGAGGAGUGCUCUUCCUUGGUUUUCCCAACCCUGCGUCAUCCAGUAACUUUCUGAAGUAUGGUCUAGAUAGUCUUCUAAUGUCCCCAACAUACCUGUCCCUUCGAGAGCUAGAGAGCUUUAAGGGCAACCUGGGAGAGUACUGCAAGGAACUCCAGGAAGCUGGAAAAGAGUAUGACCCAAAUGAAUGUUUCCUCUUGAAUGUAUCCAUUGCUGUUGGUGAGCAAUUGCCUGAUGGGCCAUCACCAAGGUACCAAGCUCCAACUGUUAGGAAAUAUGCCAAGGUAGCACUGGCUUCCUUGAGCCCAGAAAGAAAGGUUCACAAAAAAGAGAGAGAGAUGGAAACAUUAAUCCUAACGCCACCCCCAGGCACAGCACACAUUGACAAAGAGGGAGAGGAAGGCAGGAAGGCCAGGGAGAUCUGUUUUAUCAAUAUCCAACGGGAGCUAAGAAUCCGGGGAGUUUUUCUUAGACAUGAAUACCCACAGGUAUAUCAGCAGCUCUGUGAGUUUGUGGAAAGUAACAGAAGAUUCACACCCACAACGAUUUAUCCUAUUGACAAGAGGACUGGUAAGCAGUUCAUGUGCAUGAUCAUGGCUGCUUCCGAACCAAGAACACUGGACUGGGUAGGGACCCCCCAUCUCCUUGAUGACAUUAUUUAA